GUAUUUAAAAGGUGCAGUUCGACAAUUUUCGGAUUAUCAUCAGGAUUGGGAAAAUGUGGCGUUGCGGUCAUUCGAGUUUCCGGUGGAGCUUCGAAGGAUAUUCUUCAAAAGAAAACACGACUAAAAAAGGUUCCCGAACCACGGAAGGCGUUGCUGACAAAGAUUUAUCACGGCCAAACGGAUGAAAUGAUCGAUCGUGGACUUUUGCUUUGGUUUCCAGGUCCGAAUAGUUUCACUGGUGAUGACACGAUUGAGUUCCAUGUGCACGGUGGAUCGGCUAUAGUUUCGGCCAUGUACGACAGCUUGGGCACUUUUCCCGACACCAGACUGGCGGCACCGGGCGAAUUCACCAAACGGGCGUUUUAUGCCGGCAAAAUGGAUCUUACGGAAGUGGAGGGUCUUGCCGAUUUAAUUCACGCCGAAACGGAAGCCCAAAGGAGGCAAGCACUGCGUCAAGCAAAUGGACAACUUUCUCACAUUUAUAAUGGCAUGCGUUCGCGCCUUGUCAAGGCAAUCGCGAGCGUUGAAGCGUACAUUGAUUUCGCCGAAGACCAGGAUGUAGAUGAUGGCGUGUUGGAUGCGACUUUGGCCGAAGUGGAAUCAUUAAUUACCGAACUCAAAUCCCAUCUCGACGACAACCGACGGGGAGAGCGGCUUCGCAACGGUGUCCGUGCGGCCAUUGUGGGGGCUCCCAAUGUGGGAAAGAGUAGCCUCAUAAACCUACUCAGCCAACGGAACGUAUCAAUUGUAACUAACAUAGCAGGCACUACGCGGGACAUUGUAGAGUCACAUUACGAUAUUGCUGGUUAUCCGGUGGUACUUGCCGAUACGGCAGGAUUACGCCCGUUCACCGAUGAUAUCGUCGAAAGUGAAGGGAUCGCACGGGCCAGGGCGUACGUCGAUGCUGCUGAUUUGCUGGUGUUAGUUCUCGAUGCGAGCAAAAUAGAACAACCUGCCCGGGUAGAUCUGCAGCUUCGAGAGUAUGCAAUAUCAAUCGGGCUUUCAGAAGCAGCCCUGGCACGAGCUUUGAUCGUACUGAACAAAUGUGAUCUGUUGACGGACGCAAUUGUGGAAGCUUUGAAGACUAACACCUCCUUGAACCUCAUAUCGUGCAAGAACGAAGCAGGUCUUCCGGAAAUGUUGGAUCGCAUGAAAACGCGACUGGUGCAGUUGUGUGGAAAUCCUCUCACCGAAUGCCCAACCAUAAGUCAGGAGCGACAUCGGUACCACCUCAAGAAAUGCUUAGAACAACUCGAGCGAUAUCGAAACUAUUUUGCGGACACCAUUGUAGGUGAUCGGGAUUUGGCCAUCGUAACGCAUCACUUGCGCGCUGCCGUCCGAAGCAUAGGGAAAAUAACGGGUUCUGUAGAAACAGAGGAAAUUUUGGAUGUAAUAUUCAGUACGUUUUGCAUAGGAAAGUAACGGAUCGCCAUUUGCUGCUAAUAGCCAAAUUGUAUUCAAGCUAAAUGACCCAUGUUUCCUUUAAAGCGAAUCCAAGACCCAUAAAAUGUG